AAACCAACGUUGUUCUGCUGCCACCUCAAUCAAGGGGACUCAGGCAGCAAAGAACGUAAAUUAUAGAGAAGGUCCAAAGAACGUAAAUUGAAGCUUCUCUAUAAUUUACGUUCUUUGCUUAUGACUUUUGUAAACAGCUUUACAGAUGAUUUACAAAGAUAAGUAAUUUAUUUUCGAAUAGCUUAUCUGCAUACUAGUAUAACAUUUAAUUAUUAGUAUUUGCACUAAAAACUAAAAUUGUAAUAAAUUUGUUUUCAAAAAAAGCAACAAAAUUUCAUAAACUUGUGUUAGCAAUAAGUCGCCAUAUUCCUAAUGUCGCUAGAGUCAUUUCACCUGAACAACGAUUUCUUCUGAUCUGAGUGGAAAACAAAGCAAAUAAAUAAAUUUUCUCAACUGUAACUUAAAAACAUAUAGUAAAAAAAUUGUUGCUUGCAUUUUUUUUUUUUAAUUCUUGGGGAAAUUACAAAACGAUGAAGUUGGCUUCUUUCUGGAUCUAUGUAGUUCUAUUUUCUAUAAAGGAAGUGGUCAACGCAGCAAAAUUUUUAUCUCCGGUAAUAUUUGUUCCAGGCGACGGGGGAAGCCAACUCGAGGCGAAACUGAAUAAAUCGAGUUCCCUUCUGUAUUGUGCAAAGAAAUCUGAUUGGUACAGCUUGUGGUUGAAUUUAGAAUUGUUGGUAAUACCGCCAGUUUAUUGUUGGGUCGAAAAUGUGAAACUAUAUUAUGAUGAAAUUACUCGAACAACUCACAAUUCACCAGGAGUUGAGAUACGUGUUCCUGGUUGGGGUGAUCCUGAAGUGGUCGAAUGGAUAGAUCCUACACAUAAUAAAGCUGGGGCCUACUUUAAAGAUAUUGCAAAUGUGUUAGUUGAUUUGGGUUAUGAACGAAAAAAGAAUAUACAUGGAGCACCGUAUGACUUUCGAAAAGGACCAAGUGAACAUCGUCAAUUUUUCAUUGAUUUAAAAAAACUUGUUGAGGAUUCAUAUGAACGAAACUCAAAAUCGCCUGUUACGUUCAUAACCCAUAGCAUGGGCAGUCCAAUGACAUUAGUGUUUCUCCACCAACAGACUACGGAAUGGCGGAAAAAAUACGUAAACCGGCAAAUAAGUUUAGCCGGAGCAUGGGCGGGUAGUAUGAAAGCCCUUAAAGUGUUUGCAAUGGGUGAUGAUUUAGACUCGUUUCUUCUCAGUGGAAAAAUUUUAAAAGAAGAACAAAUUACUAAUCCCUCUACCGCAUGGUUGCUACCCUCGCCGCUCUUCUGGCGACCUUCGGAGGUCUUAGUAGAAACCCCAUCACGCGUUUAUACAAUGUCACAAAUGAAGCAAUACUUCGAUGAUAUUGAUUAUUCCGUUGGUUGGCAUAUGCGAGCAGACAAUUUGCAAUUCACAUUGAAUUUUAGUCCGCCAGAAAUAGAACUGCAUUGUCUGUACGGGGACGGUUUGGACACUGUUGAGCGUUUACAAUACAAAAAGGAUACUAUCAUUGAUGAAACACCCAAAUUAAUAAUGGGAAAAGGUGACGGAACAGUAAAUCAGCGGUCACUACGUGCUUGUCAUGCAUGGAUCAAUCGACAAAGCGCCAAUAUUACAAACGUAGCUUUAAAUGGGGUGGAUCAUAUGGGUGUACUUGCACACAAAGAUGUAUUGAAUUACAUAAAGAAUGUUCUGCAGACCUAAAUUCUUCAACACAAAUGUAUAAAUACCUAUAUAUGUACAUAUGUACAUAUACAUCACAUAUAUGUUUUUUACUCAAUAUUUUUUACUUUUAAGUUAGUUUUUGUAUAUCUUUCAUGGACAAGUGAAUUGUUAAACGAGUUUUUUUCUAAAUUUAAUUUUGGAUGAAUGUACAUAGCUUUGUCUUAAGAAAAUAGUGUGAUUUAUAACCAAAAUACACUUUUGGUGUAACCGUGUGCAAUGAAAUAAAAAAUGACGACUGACUGAUAACUAUAUA